AUGUUUGAUCUAUAUCGGUUAGCCAUUAUGGUGCGAAUGCCUAGGAUGAUCGGUGUGCGAUUAACGUCACGCACUUUCUUCUCGGACGAAGUUGUUGGUCUCAAGCCGCUUCCUAAGGAGCCAUCAGAUUCUGGUAAAAAAAAGAAAAGCAUGUCGAAUCCUUUUGUCAAGAAGAAUCGCGAGAAAAAGGAAACUCCGGAAAAGCCGGUUAUCUCAGAACCAAGUAAUUUCGAGCACACUGUCCACGUUGGAUAUGACCCUGCUACGGGCGAGUUUACGGGUAUGCCUUCGGCAUGGGCGCGAUUGCUGAUGGAGUCGCAAAUCUCAAAACAGGAACAGCAGCAAAAUCCACAGGCUGUGCUUGACGCUCUUAAAUACUACACGCAAGGCGAGAAUGGCACACAACAGAAGUGGCUGCAAUAUGAUAUAAAUGAUUGUUCACCUCGGCCAUCGACUGGUGCGUCAAUUGGGCUAAAGACUACAAGCUAUAGCUCGUCCUCAUUACCUCAUAAUUACUCUAAUCCUUUUCAAACAACCAACGCUCAGCCGGUAUUUUAUGGUGGAAGUACGGAUUCACGAUCUCCUAAGCAAUCAGUAGCGCUGAGCAAGUCACCUUACAGUCAAUCAAAGCCACCAGCUCCACAUGGAUAUGGAGGUUUGAAUGAAAAUCGCACAAGCAUGCCUCCGAAUUAUGCUCCUCCACCGGUGCCUGAGGAUGAGGAUCCUGCAGAAUGCGCAACUCCCCCACCAAUUCCGGAUCGUCCUGCGCGUACUCUCAGUAUUUACACAAAACCAAAAGAAGAGGAAGAACGUGUGCCAGAUUUGUCUCAAGGACAAUUUGGUGUACAGUCUAGAGGUAUCGCUAAGGGGAAGAGGAAGAUGACCGAUGCUGAAGUACUAACAAAAUUGCGCUCCAUUGUGACGAUAGGGAAUCCCGACAAAAAAUACAAAAAGAUCGAUAAAAUUGGAUCAGGAGCAUCUGGUUCCGUAUACACUGCAAUGGAAAUGAGUACUGGAGCUGAAGUUGCCAUAAAACAGAUGAAUCUCAAGGACCAACCGAAGAAAGAGCUGAUUAUCAAUGAAAUUCUGGUCAUGCGUGAAAAUAAACAUGCAAACAUUGUUAACUACUUAGAUUCAUAUCUGGUAGGAGAAGAACUGUGGGUAGUUAUGGAAUAUCUAGCUGGCGGUUCUUUGACUGAUGUUGUCACUGAAUGCCAAAUGGAAGAAGGCAUGAUUGCAGCAGUAUGUAGAGAGGUUCUUCAAGCUUUGGAGUUCUUACACAGUCGCCACGUCAUUCACAGAGAUAUAAAAUCUGACAAUAUCUUACUUGGAAUGGAUGGCUCUGUCAAAUUAACUGACUUUGGAUUUUGUGCGCAGAUUUCACCGGAGCAAAACAAAAGGACCACAAUGGUUGGGACUCCUUACUGGAUGUCUCCAGAAGUUGUUACAAGGAAACAGUAUGGACCAAAAGUUGAUGUUUGGUCACUUGGUAUUAUGGCAAUCGAAAUGGUUGAGGGAGAGCCUCCGUAUUUGAAUGAGAAUCCCUUGAGAGCGAUUUAUCUCAUUGCGACAAAUGGAAAGCCUGACUUCCCCGGAAGGGAGCAGUUGUCUGCAUCAUUCAAGGAUUUCAUAGACUGCGCCCUAGAAGUUGUUGUGGAUAACCGUUGGUCAGCCAGUCAGCUGCUCACGCAUCCAUUUCUUCGAUGUGCAAAGCCGUUAGCGUCACUGUACUACCUCAUCGUUGCUGCUAAGAAGAGCAUAGCUGCGAGUUCAUAGCGGUAUCAGGGCUGCUUACUCUUUGGUUCACGGUUAUCUGGUAGGAUGGAGCGUAAGGAACUAUUUCCAAGUUCCUCUCUGCUUGUCUAUGUAUUAUCAAUGACUGUAGUCAGCUCUUGAGCUCUCUCAUCAUUCUCCUUAUUAUACAGCGUAGUUAUAUUCGGAACGUGGAGUAUAGAGCUAUUUUUCUCAUCGUUUGCCUUGCCCGUGCCGUUUUGUUUUUGUUUGUGUUCAUCUUGGUCAUUCUAUAUUCCCGUACAUGGUAUGAACCAACGGGUGGUGCUUCCGCUUUUCUGAUGCUUCAUUGUCGAUAUGUUGAUUUUAAUCAAUGCUUGAUGUUCGUCCUUUAUCAAGUCCUGCGCGGGCUACUUUUUGAAACAGAGUUAAUAAGUGCGAUAUUUGGCGUUAACCUGUUUUGGUCAGUUCUGCUUGGUUAGUAUAACGAGAGGCCUCUGAAAUUUCUUAGUCCGUACUAUGCUUACUUGAUCCAUGCGCCGAAAGCCGUCUUGAGUUAGCUGUCAGUAUCGUAGUACAUUCUUUAGAUACUCAGGCUCUUCGGUUCACGGGGAGAGGUGAGGGACCAAUUAUUCCUCCCACAUCUGAGUAGGGCAACUUGAAAAGUUUGUCAUUUUCUGUUGCGAAUCUGCUCACAGCUUUCUCUUGCCAAGAUCGCCAUCUACAAAUGCCUUACGCUUUGCAGUUUUAGUGCUUUUUCAGAAAUCUCAUCACCUUCAAAACUAUCAGUCUGCAUUGGCACGCAAUUUGAUACAUUUUGAUACGUUGAUGAAGCGCUUCUUCCACCAUUAUUUGAUAUAUGAAAAAUAGACAUAGUAAUUUGCUUAACACUUUGCUCCAUUUAUUUUACGGUUUUCACUUGAGUGCGUUUAAAGAGUGUGUCUGUUUGUUAAAUAUCGUUCUUGAAAUUUUUUCUUGUAUAGAAAUGAUUUUCAAUUCAGAUUCACUUAAUUUGUUUUUGUUAGUAUCUGCUAGUCAGGGGUUGAGUUUUCUUUUGAGGCCCAUCUAUUGCAGUUGUUAUGCUGAAAGACUUGAGUAUGCUGUUUUGAAUUAUUUCUAUGAUGUGUUUGUACUAUUCAAUUAUACGGAAUCUCCAG